UGGAAUUUUUAUUCUCCUUUCCAUAAGACCUUUUAACCUUUCUUUGAAAUUUAAAAAGUAAGGAAGCGAUCUGGCCCACCACCAUUGAUCGCGACAACCGAGGAAAAAGAGAGAGAAAAAAAGCCACAAUUGCUGUAACUUAUUCAACAAGCAACACAGGAGGAAUGUAUGAACCAGGAAACACUGAACUAUCAUGUAAAAAGCAAAGUAACAUGGAUGAUAUAAACCCCAUUCAACAAGUUGCCAACCAUCCUACUUUCUUACCAGUACCCCUUCGCUUGACAAUGUCAACCUUUGGUUUGAAACAUGAUUGCAGCUUAGAUAGACCAAACCACCCUUUGAGUCACUUGAAAGGACAAGCUUUUAAUGGAUAUGAAACUGGUGCUUCCAGUUUAUUCACUGAUGUCCGUGGGAAGAACAUUAGUUCUCCCAUGGACAUGAAGCAGAUUGGUGAGAUGGUUCAUUCUCCUCAACAGGCUUCUGCUUCAACUGUCACCAAAUGCUCUAGUAUAGAUGGAUUUUCUCUUGUUGGAUCUUUAGAUGGUGAACAAGUACAGGAUUCAACUUUGCAGAUCCCACAUCUUCUAGAGAUGAUUCCUAAAGUCCCAAAUAAUCUACCCAGCCUGGACAUGGAAUAUCACCAACCAUAUGUGCAGUCUGAUAAGCCUGAUGAGGCCAAUGAACAAUGUUACAUCAGUGAAGAAGUUGAAUGUUGUAAUUCAACAGCAGCAGGGAUUCAAUGUAGGAAGAUUAUUCCCCCAUCAGGAAAAUCACACUUAUUUUGUGCUGCUUCAGAGGAUUCUGGGCCUUUUUCUAGUUCCAACGGACAUGCUCCAUCAAGUAAUCUGUUGUGUUUUUCUGUUCAGCAUAAGAUUUUAUGCGCAUAUAUCAAUUACAAGAGUUCCAUGGUGCCCAUAGGGGAUUGUCAAGUUUCUUUUGUGAAUUAUCUGCAUUCAAAAAUAUGUAAUGCUCACAUGUGUAGAUGUGAACGUUUCUACCUACUCCUAUCUCACUUUGAUAACUGUCACUCAGUUGAGUGUCAUGUUUGUGGACCUGUUCGACAUCUAUGUGGUACUGGUAAACUUUACCACGAAUUUAAUAAAACAAAAUGGAAUUUCAAUGAUAGAGAUUUGGUGAGCCUAACUUCAGAAUGGACUGCAUAGAACCUUCAUCAAAGCGUCUGAAAGCAGAAAAAAAAUUUUGCCCCAGUUCCCAUGAAAUCAAAUUUUCUUCUUUUUGGGAUCCAAUGAAGGUUCAACCUUUUUAUUCUGGAGCACUUCCACCCUUGCAGCAAUGGCCUGAUUCUCCUAUAUCUAUUAAUUCUGAGGUCAGGGAGGUGGACAGGGAACUGUUGAUGAACACUGUACAAGAUUCUAUUAUUGAUGGAGAGAAUGGGAAAGAUGUUGCUGGCAAUUGGUGCAGGUUGAAUGCCCAGAGUGUUUUGACUCCCCAGGAGCAUAGUGUUGGUAGUAAAGUGAAGCAGAUGGACCUUGUUAAUGAAAUUACACAGACUGAUUCUAGCGGGGUAAGCAUCAGCACUGAGCCUGUUCUCAGAGAAGAGCUUAAUUCUCAUUGUAAAGGGGAUGUACCAAUCUGGUCUCUUGAUCAGAACAAGGCAAAGAUUGAAGAUGAACUUGUUGCACCAAAAAAUAAUAUUGGAAUUCAGCUAAAGUCACAGAAUCCCAGGAUAAAGGGUGUUUCUUUAAUUGAAUUUUUCACUGCAGAACAGAUAAGGGGGCACAUAUCAAGUCUUAGGCAGUGGAAUAAUCAGACUACAUUAAAGGAGGGAAAGGAGAACGAAAUAAUACACCUUGACAAUGAGAGCUCUUGCCAGCUGUGUGGAAUAGAAAAGCUUUUUCUUGCUCCAACACCUAUUUAUUGUUCAUAUUGUAGUGCUCGUAUUAAACAUAAUGUGAUCUACUACAGUACAUCGGAAGAAAAUGGCAUGCGGCAUUGUUUCUGCACUGCAUGCUAUAGAGAGUGUCGUGGUGGGAGUAUCACAUUGUAUGGGACUGCUGUUGCCAAGACAAAGAUGGUUAGAAAGCAGAAUUAUGAAGAAACUGAAGAAUCGUGGGUUCAGUGUGAUAAUUGUCAAGGCUGGCAACACCAGAUAUGUGCUCUGUAUAAUAACAAAAGAGAUAUGAAAGGAGAAGCUGAGUACAAUUGUCCAAAAUGCUUCCUAGAAAAAAUAGAAAUUAAUCACUGUUUACCCUUGCCAAAGAGCACCUUUUUUAGUGCGAAAGAUCUACCUUGUACCAUGCUCAGUGACCACAUAGAGCAGAGACUCUUUAAGUGUCUCCAGCAGGAAAGAGAAAAGAAAGCAAAGUUAACUGGAAAGAACCUUGACGAGGUUCCAAGAGCAGAAGAUCUUACUGUGAGAGUGGUAUUAUCUGUUGAUAAGCAGUUAAAAGUGAAGCAGAAAUUUUUAGAAAUCUUUCAGGAUGAGAAUUAUCCUACUGAAUUCCCAUACAGGUCAAAGGUGAUUCUGUUGUUCCAGACGAUUGAGGGAGUAGAUAUUUGCCUUUUUGGCAUGUAUGUCCAGGAGUAUGGCUCUGAAUGUGGCCACCCAAACCAACGCUGUGUUUAUAUCUCAUAUCUUGAUUCAGUCAAGUACUUCAGACCUGAGAUACAAACAUCAACUGGAGAAUCUCUUCGUACCUUUGUUUACCAUGAAAUAUUGAUAGGAUAUCUUGAAUACUGUAAAAAACGAGGCUUUGCAGCGGGCUACAUAUGGGCCUGCCCUCCUGUUAAGGGAGAAGAUUAUAUUUUAUACUGCCAUCCAGAGACUCAGAAAUCUCCCAAGUCAGAUAAACUGCGGCAAUGGUAUAAGUCAAUGAUGAGAAAAGCAUCUGAAGAAAAAAUUGUGGUCAAUUCCACUAAUCUAUAUGAUUAUUUUUUCAUUCCCACUGGAAGAUAUAACUCAAAAGUGACUGCAGCCCAUUUGCCAUAUUUUGAUGGUGACUAUUGGUCUGGGGCUGCUGAAGGUGUGAUCAAGAGCUUCGAAAUAGGAAGUAGAGGUGAUCCUCAUAUUAAGGUGAAGAAACCAAUGGCAAAGAGAACUUUAAAAGCUAUGGGACAUACAAAUCCUUCUAAUGGUGCCACUAAAGAUAUUUUGUUGAUGCAAAAGUUGGGGCAAGCCAUCUUACCAGUGAAGGAGGACUUCAUCAUUGUCCACUUGCGGUAUGUUUGUACACACUGUCAUGAAGUGAUAUUACAUGGAUGCCGAUGGUCUUGCAAUCAGUGUAAAAGUUUUCACUUAUGUGAAAGAUGCCAUGAUGUUGAGCGAAAACUGUAUGGGAAAGAUGUUCACAUUUUAAAUAGCAGGGAAAGACAUUUACUUUCUAAGGUUAUGGUAGAUGAUGUGCCUCCUGAUACCAGUGACAGAGAUAUUGUUCUAGAUAAUAGCUUAUUUGAAAUUAGAAGUGAUUUCUUGAGCUUCUGUCAAAGAAACUAUUAUCAGUUUGACACACUUCGCCGUGCAAAGCAUUCUUCAAUGAUGCUCUUAUAUCAUCUCCACAAUCCAAAUAGGCCAGUUCGUGAUGGCUUCUGCAGCUUUUGCCACAAGGAUACUGCUAUGGACAACUGCUGGAUAUGUGCAAGCUGCCCACAGUUGGAAGUUUGUGGUGCAUGCUAUCAGGAAAAGGGUGCUUCUUUGCAUAUUCAUAAAUUGACCCAGUGUUCUGCAGUUGAUUAUGGGACCGAGAGUGAAGAGACUUCGCAAAGAAAAGAGCCGAUAAUACAGUUAACACAACAAUUGGAAGUUCUCCAGCAUGCAUCUGAGUGUAACGCAACCAAAAGCCAGCCUUGCUCUUUCCCAAACUGCCUCAAAAUAAAACUGUUAUUCAUUCACGCAUCUAAGUGUACAGUUCGAGCUACAGGAGGUUGCCAGUUUUGUAAAAAGGCUUGGUUGGCAAUGAAGUUGCAUUCAAUCAACUGUAAAGAAGCUAAUUGCAGUGUUCCACGUUGCAAGGAUCUGAAGGAGUAUGCCAAGCAACUUGCUCGACAAAAAUGUUAGAUGCUUAAUGACAUGAGGAGCUGAAGUUUCAGAGCUACUCAAACGGAAAUCAGGUAUUAGAUUGCUGAGAACAAUUUGACAAUUCCAAAUGUAUGGAAAGUCAACAGCAGUAGUUGUGGUAGCAGCAGCAGCCGAGUAUAUAACAUAUUCCAUAAUUAAAUAUGGGAAGGAGCUCUGAUUCUAAACUGGUAUAGAUAAUUUAGUUAGCAGAGUUAGUGAUAAGAUGGCCUGAAGCUUGCUUAUUUGAAAGAGUCAGCCUGUCAAUCUCCAUUGUUGCUUGCUCUGUUAAUUAUGACAACUUUAUAGAUUGUAAACACAGAAUAUUCCUUGCAAGUUUAUGGAGAAUUUUUGCUGUA